AUGGAUAAAGUGUCCACUGUUCCGGUGCUAGGCGUGACGGAUGUUAAAUACUCGCGUCCUCCGCCCAGGUCGUCCUUCACCAUCGAGAGCCUGAUUGCGGUUGGGCGACGACGAAGUACUAGUGGUGAGAGUCGAUCCUCACCGGAAAUUGAUCCGGUUGAUCGUGGAUCACCCUCACCGCCGGUAUCCCAGCAACAACACCAGCAGUCCGCUCAGCACCAUCAUCAUCAACAGCAGCAGCAGCAGCAGCAGUAUUUGGCCGCAGCUGCAGCAGCCGCAGCAGCCGGUUACAGUGCGGCCAUGUUGUCGUUUGGUUCAUUCCCGCCACUCUACCACAGCCCCUGGGGCACUGGUUUACCCUCGGCAGGGCGUUAUCUAUCACAGGCUGCAAAUGAAAAACUGUCCUCAUUGCUGUUCCCCCACAAACCACCUCCAGGAGCACCUGAGGUGUCCUUUUCGGUGGGUGAAUCUGCACCACCGCCUUUGGGGCCCUCGGCGAUGGUCAGCCCUACGACGAGGGGUGCCAGAAGUGGUGAUAAAUUGUUCCCAACCGAGGCCGAUCUGCUCUCGAAGGUGUACGCUGCCUACCAUCAUCCGGCACGUCCUUACAUCGGUCCGGAUGCGACUCUACCGCAUCCUGGCGUCGUCCUGCAGGUCGCACCAACUCACGGACAGGACACCGACCGGCCUGGUGGUACACCGGCGGGAGAAUCAGGUGAUAGUGGUGGUUUGGAGGAGGAUCCUGACCGGACAAGGCCAUCCGUGGAGGAUGGCGGAGAUAGUGCGGACGGGUCGGCGUACAGCGAUGACAUUAGCCUGUCACUUUCACCGUCCGGAUGCGGCAAGACUGCGGAUCUUGGUGACUCGGAUUCCGAUGCCUGCUCCGAUGACGAUGGCCCUCAUAACUCCCCAUCGUCCGGUCGACAGGGUAAAGGAGGCAGUGGAAAUGAGACAUCGAAAUCGCGCCGCCGACGGACUGCCUUCACGUCCGAACAGUUGCUCGAGCUGGAACGCGAGUUUCACGCCAAGAAGUACCUCAGUUUGACGGAGCGUAGUCAGAUCGCCACCAGCCUAAAGCUGAGUGAGGUUCAGGUGAAGAUCUGGUUCCAGAAUCGGCGUGCCAAGUGGAAACGCGUUAAGGCCGGUCUCAACUCCCAUGGGCUUGGUCGAGGAGGUGGAAGUAGUACUGCUGGAACGGGUGGUUCUGGAGGUCCUACCACGAAGAUCGUCGUGCCGAUUCCGGUGCACGUGAACCGAUUUGCUAUCCGUUCCCAACAUCAGCAGAUGGAGAAGAUGAAUCUGGUAGGACCGAAGGCAGAACUUCGUAAAGCCGAUCUAGGUCUUGGGCGGGAGGCGCAGGGUGGGUUCGAGCGGUUCGGGUUGGCCAAGCGACUACUUCCGGUACCGUCGGCUGUUCCACCGGAAGCCACAGCUGCAGGCAGACUGCCGGAACCGCCACGUCCUUCGGGCAGAUCGAACGAAGGGAUGUCCGUUGAUGGCCACGGUGCUGGUGGAGGUGGAGGAGGAGGAGGCGUUUCGGCCACCUUCAACAUGGGCCUGGGGAUGUGUUCUUUGGCUGCCCCACCCCACAGUGCCCCACCGCAUCCGGUUGCUCUCGUCGUCAAUCCGAAAACGUUCUAA